AUGACGAAUGAUGGUUUACGUCAUUUUCCUUCUCCACCUUUAUUUACAAUUCGUCCUCCACCAAAACCACGUGGACCAUUGUUUGAACAUUUUCAAACAGUUGAAAUAUUAAAUGGUCAAUAUGUACGACCAACUGUGAUUUCUUGUAUUAUAAUUGCAAUAUUCAUUUUCCUUUGUCUUAAAAAAUUAAAAAAAGAAUAUAAAAGUUAUGUUAUGACUGGUUCAUUAUCAUCUAGAAAUCAUCAUCAUCAUCAUUCUGGUCUCUGUACAAUAAUAAGUGAACAUUAUAAAUGUACAUAA